UUCCCGGCAGCCUUGCGGGUCCCCCCUCCCUUUCUCGCGCCUUCCCUCUUGUCUCACCUCAAGUUGCUAUCGGUGUUGUUUUUGAAGCUAUGAUGGCGGCAGCGGGAUGCGGAUCAGCAACCGCGGCUGCCAUAGGAGGCCAAGUUGGUACUGCUGCACCCCGAGGUCGCUUCCCUGGUCGGCCUUGGUCGUCUCGCAGCCGCUUGCGUUCUGAGAAGCGAUGGCAACUUGACCGAUCAGGAGCAGAAGCUGACGAUGUGACUAAUGCUGGAGGCCCAAGGCCCACAAGCCUGGUUCUCUCGUUAAACGAGGACCAGUCUCACUUGCGCUUACUUGGGAUAGAGUCGAACCACAAGAGCUUAGCGGAGGCUGGGUACAGCUCAAGUGGGAGCGAAGAGGUGAGAGCCCAAAUCGCUGCUGGAGGAGAUGAUUUCACAGGAUUUGAAUCUGAUCGUAAAGGAUAUAAAGGCCCCAUACGGUCCAGACAUAAUCCCUCCAAAAGUGAUCCUGUCCAAACAAAAUCAAAAAGGAUACGAGAGAAGCCACCCCUUGUAGUCACCCCAAAGGAGACAGAUGAGCCUCCCACUCCUGAAGAAGAUGCACGAUCUUCACAAGAAAUCCACUGUGCAAUUCCUCCUGAUGCAGUGCCUUCCAAUGAUGGUAGGAAGGGUUCAAAAAACAAGCACUCAAACCCGGUAAAGGAGAGGCGUCCUGCGAAAAACGGGGCAGCUUUAACUCCAAGGAUUACCAUCAAGUUGGUGGCCAAGAAGACGGUGAGAAAGGAAAAGGGAGGACGUAUAAAAUCUGUGGAGAAGCUGAAGGUAAAAGGAUUACAUUUUCAAUCAAAGGCUAAUGACGUCAAAGGUGACCAGAUCUCCAGUGCCCAUGUCAAAUUAAAGACCGAGACACAAGCUGAUGAGGCACAGCAUCUGAAUGGCACUGAGGAUGAGGGAGGCGGAGGAGCCAUACCGGCAAGGAGGCGUGGUAGAUCUGCCUCCAAGAUCACUGAACCCUGUGUUCAAAGUGGGGCCAAAGUUGGGGAGGUUGAUGACCAAAAAUCAGAGGGGGGUAUAAAAUCAACAGGCAAACAGGACAUUGCACUGGAAAGUGGAAAUGCGGCGCCAAAAACAGACAUUAAGAAAUUCAAACGGAAAGAAAGAACCACAGAGGUAAGCACUGAAGUCAAUAAACUGGUGAUCCGGAGAAGAAGUAGAACUACUAAUCCACCCUCCGAAACACAUGAAGGCCUUGUAACAGAAUCAAAAAACCAGAGCAAUGACAAAGUAUGUCUGGCAGAGUCAUUGUUAGAGGUUUCAAGAAUAGAGGAAGCCAAAACACCACCCAGAAAGAGUAGGCGUAAACAAAGCAAGGCACAUCAAGGAGAUAAGAUUGUCACAGAAAUCCAUGUUCCGUUAGCCACAGAACCUGAAAAGCCAAUUAUUGAAUCCAAUGACGGGCUGGCUUUUAAAAAUGAUGAUGACAUAAUCGGGAUUCCAAGUUUUAAGCUGAUUAAAAUCAGAAACCCCAAAUUGGAAGGCUCAUCUCGGACUGACAGUAAGGGCUCCUCUCGUAAGAAGAAACGAAGCAAGUUUGUGUGGACACUUACAUUGGUUAAGGGGAAAAGAAAGGACACCCAAGUGCAGAGCUCUGGAAAUACUGUCAAAGGAACAGCGAAGCAGCGGAAUAAUGCUGAAUUAGACAAAGACUCUCUUUUUGAACCCAGUGUGAUCAAGAAUGUUGAGAACCCUGAAGAGAAAGGGGCCACGAGUUGUACUACAUCCAGAGAUGCUGAGCACACACAUAAUGAGAAGUCUUCCAAGAAGAAGAUUACGGAGACUUUGUCUCUUGAGGAAAAGUCAUCUCUUCAUGUUGAGGUGGGACAGGGAACGCAACCACAUCCAGAGGAGGCCACUCAAACUGACUGUGGUGAUACUGUGGCAAUGGUUGUUCCACCCCUUCAGAUAAAAAAGGUCUCCUCACCCGGUAAACCUAAACGCUCAAAACCAUCAUUCCUGAUCCAUCAAACUACUCCUGCGCCGGAAGAAAAAAGGAUAGUGGUAAUCACAAAAGAUUCAAGUGAAAUUCUGGAGGAAAAAAUGUCUUUAUCAGACACAAAUGCUGUGCCAACUCCCAAAGCAAGGAGGAGAAGACUGGCGAAGAUGUCUACACCACGGAAGAAGCGUGGAAGUCAUAAACCCUGGACAACCCACAAACACAAGCUUCAAACAAGUCCAAAUGUGGAACAUCCAUCUGAUGAACCUGCCAGUGAAGCAGAACCACAGACCAAUGAGGUUUUGAAGACUGAGGUUUCCACAUUGUCUGUUUCAAAACCUAGAAGGAGAAGAAGUUUGAGUGUUUCAGUUAGAAAGAGGCCAGGGAAGACGCAGAUGUUACCUGAACCCACUGAAUCUCCAAACACAGAGUUAGCCCCAUCUGAACCACAGACAGAGGUCUCCACAUUGUCUGUUGUCUCUAAACCUAGGAGAAGAAGUUCUAACCUUUCAAUUAGAAAGAAGUCAAGGAAGACACCAUCUGAAACUGCAAACACAGAGAUGGCCCCAUCUGAACAACAGAAAGAGAUCUCCACAUUGUCUGUCUCUAAAUCUAGGAGUAGAAUAAAUUCUAUCCUUUCAAUUAGAAAGAAGUCAAAUACACCAACAUCAUCUGAAACUCCCAACACCGAGAUGGCCCCAUCUGAACCAGAGACAGAGGUCUCCACAUUGUCUGUUGUCUCUAAACCUAGGAGAAGAACAUCUAGCCUUUCAAUAAGAAAGAAGUCAAAGACGCCAACAUCUGAAACUCCAAACACCGAGACGGCCCGAUCUGAACAGCAUACAGAGGAGAUCUCCACAUUGUCUGUUGUCUCUAAAUCUAGAAGGAGAACUUCUAGCCUUUCAAUUAGAAAGAAGUCAAAGACAACAACAUCAUCUGAAACUCCAAACACCGAGACGGCCCGAUCUGAACCACAGACAGAUGAGGUCUCUACGUUGUCUGUUGUCUCUAAACCUAGAAGAAGAACUUCUAGCCUUUCAAUUAGAAAGAAGUCAAAGACACCAACAUCUGAAACUCCAAACACCGAGACGGCCCGAUCUGAACAGCAGACAGAGGAGAUCUCCACAUUGUCUGUUGUCUCUAAAUCUAGAAGGAGAAGGAAUUCUAGCCUCUCAAUUAGAAAGAAGUCAAAGACGCCAACAUCUGAAACUCCAACCACCGAGACGGCCCCAUCUGAACCACAGACAGAGGAGGUCUCUACGUUGUCUGUUGUCUCUAAACCUAGAAGGAGAAGAAAUUCUAGCCUUUCAAUUAGAAAGAAGUCAAAGACACCAACAUCAUCUGGAACUCCAAACACAGAGACGGCCCGAUCUGAACAGCAGACAGAGGAGAUCUCCACAUUGUCUCUUGUCUCUGAACCUAGGAGAAGAACUUCUAGUCUUUCGAUUAAAAAUAAGUCAAAGACACCAACAUCUGAAACUCCAAACAUAGAAUUAGCCCAAUCUGAACCUGUAACUUUGGCUGACACUCAACCAGAGGUAAAGGUGGAGCCAGAGACUCAGCCAAUAGGGAGUGGAAAGGUGCUGCUUUUGGAGCCCUCUGUUAUUGAAAAGAGAGAACGACGCCGUCAUAGAAGUCUGUUCAAACAUGGCAAAAAGAAGCGAAGAGCCUUGGUUGGACAGAGGCAGAAACAAAGGCAGAGGCCAGAAGGGAGCACGAGUGAUGAGAGUAAAUUACCUGAAAGUAAGGUACCUGAAGCUGUUGAAGAGGUGGACCUAAAGGAAGUUUAUUCCCCAGAGGCUGCUUCCACACUGGCAAGCUCUAAACUCAUUGGUAUCCUCAAGACCAAGAACAGAAGGAAAAAGGUCCCCAAUUCAAGCCUUCAGUUCCUUGGUAGCAAAAGACCAAGAGCCAGGCCUAAAACUCUAUCUAAGCAGGUAGAAAUUGAUCUCGCCCAGCAAAUUUUGGAGGAGCAGGAUAUACAAGACACUGUGGAUGAUGAACCACAGUCUGAUGCUUUUGACGACCAGCAUGGUAAAUCAAAAUACCUUAAAAACAUAAAGCACUUCAUCAUGCCUGUUGUCAGUGCCCGGUCCUCACGGGUGAUCAAGACUCCACAGAGGUUUAUGGAUGAUGCUGGCAUGUCCGUUUUGCCCCGUAGAAACUCCCCGAAGAAAGGCCAACUAUUUGGCUUACACCCACGCACUGGAAGGAAACGGGAAGAUGGCACAGGUAGAGAGCUUACUCCUGAUCUGCCUGUCGACGAGGAAGAAUUUCUGAAUGAGGCGCAGUUAGAUGUUGAUUUGUUCUCAACUCAGGAACUCGAAAAGGAAACCACUGACAUGAGUGACGGCUUAUCCUCCGGAAAGCAAUUUGGGAAGAGGAGGUCCCUUUUGAGGAACCCCAGUUUCAAGUGGCAUGUGCCAGGAGAAUCUGGUGAGGAGGUAUAUACGCUGGACAAAACUCUUCAGAGCGAGUAUGAGACUUUACUUUUAUCCAAAGAAAUCCAAAUAGCUUCUGACCCAUCAACUGAUCCCCAGGAGGUUCAGAAAAAGAAAAGGUGCUACAAGUUCAACAAGCAAACAUCUCACCUAAAUAUGUACAAGCGACUGAAGAAGCUGCAACCAGGACUUCCCAAAAGGAGAAGAAAAAACGUGAUGACAGAUGGUGUUUGCAAUACUCUUCAAUCUUCUGUUCAUAUGCUAGCGGAAGGUCUGGAUGAUGAAGUCAAGAGCAUCUGUCUAAAGAAACGUCCCACAAUCACAGCUCCAAGCAAACCCAAAUCAAAGCAAGGCAAAUCCAAGCUCAAGAUUGAGGACCUUGAUAGCCCUGGGGUUGUGCGAAAAGUCUCUGUGUGUGUUCGGACCAUGAACUCAAAGUUCUUAACAUUUCAAUAUGGAGAACAUGAGGAGUUGACAGAGGAAGACAAAACAAAUGCUGAGAAUGUUAUUGCAGAAGCAGGAAAGCUUGAGCCACAGGAACUACAUCUGGACAUGAUCGCUGAGCCUGACCGUGCUGCUGCUGAGGAGAAAGGAGCCACCCAAAGAGUUUGCCUCACAGGGGCCAAUAAGAGGAUGUUCAAUCUGCUCAAGAAAGCCAAGGUCCAGCUCAACAAGAUCGACCAGCAGAAACAACUCAAGACCUCAGGGCUUCUAUCAGGGCCUGCUGGCUCCAGAGAUGCAGCAGGGAAGAGACAAAGGAGGAAACCGAAAGAGCAGCUUGAGCAUGUUGCCUCAAACAUGACUGACCCUCCCCUGUCACAGGAGUUCCGCAGAGCGGGGGGUCCACGCAUCAAACACGUGUGCCGUGCAGCUGCUGUCGUGCUUGGCCAGCCUCGUGCACUGGUGCCCGAUGACAUGAUCCCCAGACUCAGUGCGCUGCCUCUACAUGAGAGAACUGGCAUAUCUCCCUCUGGCAAGAACCAAGGUGGUCGGUCUCCCUCUGGGCCAGACAGCCCUGGGCUGCCGGACCAGAAGGUUACCAAGGUCAGGAAGUCGGGAGCAGGUUUUGCUAAACAAAAGAGCCUUGGACCAUUCGGGCUCCGCUCUCGGAGGUGUGGGAUCUGCAAGGGCUGCAACCAUGAGGAGGACUGUGGCGAGUGCAUGAACUGCCUGGACAAACCCAAGUUUGGAGGGCCCAAUACGAAGCGACAGUGCUGCGUAUAUAAAAGAUGUGAUCAGAUUGAAGACCGAAAAGCACGUCGUCUGAGUGGCAAGUUUCCUAGAGGUCCUGGGAAGCGCAGGCGGCACUCCCUCAGCGUGGGUCAGUCUAGCAAUGAGGAAGUUGAUGGGAUGGAGGUGGGGGACAGCCAGAGCCCAUCUGUGAGGAAGCAGCCGCGGCGUUGUGUGAAGCCGCGCUCCUACUUUGACCUGCUGGACUAUGACUCCGACCUGGAGAUCACUGUGGGCUCCAACUCUGCCUCCCCCGGCCGGAGGAGAGGCCCCGGCCCACGCAGCCAAGACUUUGUCUCUCUGGAUGGAUUCCUGGGAGAUCUGUCGGACGACGGUGUGAGACAUCGCAGGCUGCACCACCGAGUUCCUCCGUGUCGCCGUAAAACUGACAAGAAUCCUCUGGAACAGACGCCACCCAGCGUCCUGGCCGCCCUGGCCAAUGGAUUCGACCAGAGGGAGAGGGAGCCCUCCGAGCCUACGCACAAGAUCGGCGUGGACUUCAAGGAGGACUGUGACCUCCAGAACGUGUGGAUGAUGGGAGGCCUGAGUAUCCUGACCUCUGUACCCAUCAUGCCCCCCUGUGUCUGCCUGCUGUGUGCCAGUAAAGGACAACAAGAGCAAAUGCUGUACUGCCAGGUGUGCUGUGAGCCAUUCCACCGGUUUUGCCUUGAGCCAAUGGAGCGGCCCUCCGAGGACAACAAGGAGAACUGGUGCUGUCGUCGCUGCAAGUGCUGCCAUAUAUGUGGUAGAAAAAACAAGCACUCCAAGCCUCUGCUGGAGUGUGACAGAUGUCAGAACUGUUAUCACCCUUCAUGCCUGGGGCCUAACUACCCCAAACCCAACAGGAGGAGGAAGGCCUGGGUGUGUAUGACGUGCAUCAGGUGUAAAAGCUGUGGGGUUACACCAGGGAAGAGUUGGGACACCGAGUGGAACCACGAUAAAGGACUCUGUCCAGACUGCACCAAGCUCCACGACCAAGGCAACUACUGUCCGAUCUGCUUCAAGUGCUAUGAGGACAGUGACUACGACAGUCAGAUGAUGCAGUGUGCCACCUGUAACCACUGGGUCCAUGCCAAGUGUGAGGACCUGACAGGUGACCUAUAUGAGAUUCUGUCCAGCCUGCCAGAGAGUGUGGCGUAUUCCUGCCGGCCCUGCAGCCAGUCCCAGCCCAGCGCCUGGAGAGAGCUGCUCCACAUGGAGCUGAGGGCCGGGAUAGAGAAGGUGCUGGCCUGCCUGCUCACCUCCACUCUCACCCAGCACCUCAUUGCUUGCUCACAGUGUGUGACCCAGGUUGUCCCUGACAGUGGAGCGGAGGGCCUGCCAGCCUGUGACCUCCGUGCUGUGGGCAAGAAGUUUGACAAAGGCCUCUACACCACCCUGAAAUCAUUCCAUGAAGAUGUGGUGCAAGUGGUGCGGAGGCGUCUGGACCAGGAGGAGUCUCUACCGGAAGAUGAAAGGCCCACAGCCGUGGCCCGCUCCUACUACUUGAAGCUUCUGGAGGAGGUCUUCAACUGGUUCAACAGUCAGGACCCCAAAGUGUGGGACCCCCGGUCCAAAGACCUGCCUAUUGGGAUGCUGUCCCAUGCGGUUCAGCCCCCCACCACUGAGCAUGUGUACGCUCAGUGGCGUGAGAGGGAGGAGCUAAGGUCCAGGACCCCUCUGGGGACCCUGCAGACAGAGAACGUAAUACGCCUGGAGGUGAAACAAGAAGAGGUGCCUCACCCCACCACCCCACUGACCACAGAGCCAACCAGGGGCCUCCACUUCAGGAAAAACAGGGCUUUCAGGCUUAAUAAACUUAAAGGGAAAAGGGGAAGAGCCGGACGGCAAUCCAUGUCUGAGGGAUGGCCAUCCAAGUCUGAGGGACGGCUGUCCAAGGCUGACCUAGACACAGGGUGGUCCAAGGACGACGGGAGGCAAUGCUCACUGUGCCAAAAGUAUGGAGAUGCCAAGUCCAAUGAGGCAGGCAGGCUGCUGUACCUGGGCCAGAACGAAUGGGCUCACAUCAACUGCUCCAUGUGGUCCGCCGAGGUGUUCGAGGAGGACAAUGGUUCUCUGAUGCACGUGCACAGUGCCGUUGCUAGGGGGCGCUUCAUGCGCUGUGAGCGCUGUAACCAUACAGGUGCCACAGUGGGCUGCUGUCUGACCUCCUGCCAGAGCAACUACCACUUCAUGUGUGCCCGCUCCCGCAACUGUGUAUUCCAGGACGACAAGAAGGUGUACUGCUACAAACACAGAGACCUCAUCAGUGGCAAGAUCAUCACCGGCCAAGGGUUUGAGGUAAAUCGGAGGAUGUACGUGGACUUUGAUGGGGUCAGUCUUCGCAGGAAGUUCUUGACCGGACUGGAGCCAGAAAACAUCAAUUUGAUGAUUGGCUCUUUGCAGAUUGAAAAGCUAGGUAUGCUGACUGAGCUGUCUGCAAAGCAAGGAAAACUUUUCCCAGUGGGUUACCGGUGUACUCGCUGGUACUGGAGCACGGUGAACCCACUGCGGCGAUGCAAAUACACGUGUACAAUCCGUGAGGUCCGCCCUCCGGUCCCUGAGAAACCUGCUGAAGAGAUGCCUGACAAAGGAGAGAAUAGCACUAUAGCACACAGCCCCUGCGCCCAGUCAGAAUCUGAUGCCCAAGAGGUUGACGUGGCACAUUCCCGACCCACUACUCCCAGCUUCUCAGCUCCACUCCCUAAACCUGAUCAAGGGGCAAGGCCCAAAAUCAGGAGACCAGCUGGAGGACUGUUCCGGCCUCUGCCCUCCCCAGGAGCUACCAAGUCCAAACCCCACCACAUCCUGACCAUCAGUGACCUGGAGGAGACACGCAGGCCCCGUCGCCACAGCCCCCACUCCCAAACCCGCAGGGACAUGUCCUCCCCACCCCUAGGCUCUCCAACUGGUUCUGGAAUAAUCACUCUACGCACUGGGGGCUCCAUGCAUCCCAAGGCCUCCGUGCCCACCUCUCCGCUGUUUCCCCUAGGGGCUACUGAUAUCCUGCUGACCUCUCCCUCUACCCGCCCUGUCGGAGUUCGAAGUGCUUCCUCUGCCCGAUGCCCCGGGAACAUGACUCACUCUACCUCAGGACUCUUUCCCCAGCCACCAUGGGAAGACAGUGUGGGGAGCUUCCCUUCCCCUGGCUUGUCCCUCUCCCCCACCAUCCAGCACUCUCCUAGACCCAGGCUGUCUUUCGACCUGAACCAGUCAGACUCAGUGGAGGUACCACACAACUUCCUGGCCUCCCCAGAACCAGAGGAUAACCCUGCACCUAACAGCACCUCACCACUUAGGGGAUCUUUCACACAAUUCCGCGAGGACUCUGACGUGGCCAUGGGCUCCGAGUUGAAGACUGAGCUUGAGAUUGAGGAGAUGCUAGUGAAUGAGGGAGUGGCCAUGAACUGUGGUGCCCAGAUAGACGUGGAGGGCGACGACAACCAAGAGGAGUUCUGGGAGCCAGAGGUUCGCAAGAGGAAGACACGUACAGCCCUAACCCGCUCAGCUGCGUCUGCCAGGCAAGACUGGGGGAACACUUCCUCCGAUGAGGACAUGGAGCACUAUUUUGACUUCUCGCGGACUGUGGUCAGUCGCACAGGCUCCAGAGACCCAACCCAGGCUCCUGCCUCUCCCUCUUCAAGAUCUAUCCCUCAACUGGAUGGCGUGAACGAUGGGACGGAGAGUGAUGCCAGCGUGACAACCACGGACGGGGCUCAGAAACUGAAGAGCGCCAGUCAAGUUCAGAACCCAGCUCAAAUGCAUGUUCCGCCUGAAGUAGAAAUGACGACAAAUGGUCUAAGUGCAGACUCUGGAAGCCCUGUUUCAGAUCAGUCGCCCCUUAGCAACCCUCUCAAAUCUUCAACCAGAGUUGUCCUCCCCUCUACAAAACCUCCCCCAGCAUAUAUACCCCAGGAUCCAUCCAAAUCCUUUAAUGCCGCACAACUGGCUGGGACUGACUUGGACAGUGUGACCUUUGCGCCAAUUGAGAUCUCACCAGAAGCUCCAAGACCAGCUGCAGUGGACCCAUCCACAACAAACAGCCCUGCUGAUGUGAAUACUACUCCCCUGCAGUUAUACACCUUCCCAACUCCUCUUGAACAACAAAACUCAAUCCCCACCUUAGAAGCCCAGGAACCAGUGCCGCUUGCACCCCUUCUAGGAACUCUGCCGGACUUUGUCCAUACUAAGGUGCCUGAUACGGUCUACCCGGAGGAUUUAUUCCAAGGUUCCGGUCUAGACUUUGCCCCUGAGGCUCCACUUGUUCUUGAAAGGUGUGAUCCUCCCUCCCCUAGCACCUGUUUCACUGAACUGGUCCCUGUCCAGGUUGAUGCUCCCAUGGAAACCCAUCAGCCUCAAGCUCCAAAAGACCUCUUCUUGGAUUCUAACAGCGGCCACUUUGUGUUGCCCACAGAUGGAUCUGCCAUUUACAUGAACCACUUGACCGAGAGUUCCGGAGAUCUCUCGUUGAGCAGUAGUCAGGGCACCCUGUUGGAGCUUCUUCAACCCUCUUCUCUUAUCUCCUCGGACUUCCCUAACCCCAGCGUAGCACAGAUGAACCCUUUACAAAUGAGUCCCUCUGUGCAGUCCUCUUUGCCUGGCUUUAACCCUUCAAGGCCACCUCUCACUAGCAUCUCACUACAACCCCUGACAUCCUCCCAAGGGUCAACAGUCUUGCCACCCAUGGAGACCUUUUGUACCAAAUUAUCAGCACCUAUUCCAGGCAGUGCCCUUCCACAUUUGUCCUCUCAAAUUGAUCCCAUUUUGUCUGCAACAUCAAGCGUCAGUCUCCCAACUUAUGGAUCAGUCUCUCUGCCUAUAUUCUCCACACAAUCCCAGGCCAUGGUCUCCACAGCAAUUACCAUUGUAUCCUCCUCUCCCUCUGUAUGCUCUCUCUCCAAUGCUCUAUCCACCCAGUGUCACCCCAUGCUCUCUUCACUUCAGCCCUCCUCUGCCCCUGUGAUGAUUAACGGAUACAGCUCCACGUCUCUGCAGAAGGAAGCUGCCAUGGGACACACCAUCUCUAUCAACUUCUCCACCCCCAGGCCGCCACUGGAGCCCCAACAGCCGCUGUUACCUCAGGGACUACCUGGCCACGCUAUCCUUACUGUGAAGGAAGUGGGUGGUCCCAACGUGGACCCUACACCUCACGUUCUGCUGGUCAACCGCCUGGGCCAGAUCUUUGUGAAGAACCCAGAGAGCAACACCUUCCAGCUGCCCAGUCAGAGUUCUCCCUCCUAUAAUUGUGUCACUCAGAUAGCCAGCCUCCUUCAGAGCAAUGCGCUGUCUGCCACCUUGGCAGCAGCUGGUACAAUGUCCACCCCAGCUCCAGCUGGUACAAUGUCCACCCCGGCUCCAGGGACAGCCAUGCCAACCCAUGUCCCUAGGAUGGCUACGCCUGUGGUUCAGAACCCAGGUACCAUCACUCAACUGCUCACUCACAACAGCAAUGGGACAGUGGCAGCAGUCAAGAAACCCAGGAAGAACACAAGCGUAUCUGCAGAUGGAGCCAUACCAGGGAUGAAGAAACCCAGAAAGAAGAAAGAACCUUCCACAACUUCUGGGAGAAAAAAGUCUGACAAAGCUGCAGACCUGUUUGAGUUUGCUGGUCAGGACGGGAGUUCCUUCAUGACCAAGACUGAGAGCGCCCAAGCCAUCAUCAACCAAGCCAUGGCCAGUAACUACACCCCCAACCGGACCGGUCCGCGCAUACUGAGUCCCUCCACAUUCCGUAACAACCCUUCCCUGAAAUCUGUGGUCCUGCCCCCAGGACUACUCAUUGAACCCGAGCCCGCAGCCACCACACUGUCUGUUUCAACGCCCCGCCCUCCUCGCGCCCAUGUCCGUAUGAAGAGGGUGUCCUCCCUUUCUGAUCGCAUUGGUGCCACAAAGAAGUCCAAGACAGACUUCCUAGAGCCAGAGCCCCCUAGUGCUAAGGAGGACCUGCCGACCCCCCAAGACAGCUUUGCUGCUGUCUCCAGCAGGGCUGGGGGUGUUCGCAUUAAAACCCCAACGGUGAAAGGUGUGUUGGACCUGGACAAGCUAAAGGAGGAGCACUUGAGUGACUCUGAAUGCACAAGGCCAGGGCUUUGGGACCGCCUGUUGAUACCUCGAUUAGGGAUGGACACAGGUAAACAACAGAACUGGGAUGCAGUGGGCCGCAGUGCCCUGACUGACUGGAACAAAUACUCCGGUGCUGUAUCGUGCUCAGAUGAUGAGCUGCUGCCCUCAGACGAUGAGUGUCACCCCAGCCGAGAUCAGCCCCACCUCCGUUUUGAGAUCAAAAGCGAUGACGGCUUCAGUGUGGAGGCAGACAGCGUAGAGGAGGCCUGGAGGGCAGUGAUAGACUGUGUCCAGGAGGCGCGGGCAGGGGCCAGGCUUCGGCAGCUGUCCUUCUCUGGGAUGACAGGUGCCCGUAUGCUGGGCCUGCUCCACGACACAGUGGUCUUCCUGGUGGAGCAGCUCCAGGGGGCCCGCCGCUGCCAUAGCCACGCCUUCCGCUUCUUUAAACAGAUCAGCCAAGAGGAGGACCUGCCUGUCAACCCCUCUGGAUGCGCCCGCUCUGAGGUCUACCUCAGGAAGACCACCUUCGACAUGUUCAACUUCCUGGCUUCCCAGCACCGCCAGCUGCCUGACAUCAACCCCUACGAUGAGGAAGAGGAUGAAGUCCCACUCAAAUCCACAAGACGUGCCACUAGCUUGGAGCUCCCCAUGGCCAUGCGCUUCAGACAUCUGGAGAGGACAUCUAAGGAGGCUGUAGGCGUGUACAGGUCUGCUAUCCACGGCCGAGGUCUGUUCUGCAAGAGGAACAUCGAUGCUCAGGAGAUGGUCAUCGAGUAUGCCGGCAUCGUCAUUCGCUCAGUGCUCACAGACAAGCGGGAGAAGUACUACGAUGGCAAGGGUAUCGGCUGCUACAUGUUCCGUAUCGAUGACUUUGACGUGGUGGACGCCACCAUGCACGGCAAUGCGGCGCGCUUCAUCAACCACUCGUGCGAGCCCAACUGCUACUCGCGCGUCAUCAACGUGGAGGGCCAGAAGCACAUCGUCAUCUUCGCCCUGCGCAAGAUCUACCGGGGCGAGGAGCUCACCUACGACUACAAGUUCCCCAUCGAAGACCCAGCAAGCAAGCUCAACUGCAACUGCGGGGCCCGGAAAUGCAGACGCUUCCUCAACUAGGGGCAGGAGGAGGACGUGGUACUGCCACAUAUUCUGCAGGGGGAAUAAGGCACAAGGGAAGGGGGUGAGAGCAGAGGCAACAGGGGAAGACAGAGGUUAAAAUCUUUAAAUUAAGGUUUUACUGGGUUGGGAGGUGGGGGAGGAGAAAAUACAGGAAAGGAUGAGCCACUACGAAGAGACUGGGAGAGGAACCAGGGCCAGGAGAUGGGGAGCAAGAGGGAAGAGGAGCGCCACACAGAGACAUGCAUCCAUAAGCUCACAUUGACUUCUAACCAAUAUGCACUUGCCAAGUUUUGGACAAGUUCACCACAGGAAAGGGUGGAAGUAGCUACCGUUAUAGUGUGGGUUUUUUCUUGAGAACAGAAACCCUGCAGACAUCUGUUGUGGUUAUGCUGGUUCUAUGUUGCAUGAAGGUAUUUUCCUUGACGCCAUAACGUCAAGUCCUUUCUGUUGAAAUAAGGGUGGACCAGAAAAGCUAGACUUGGAGAUAUUCUUUCUUUUGUUGUCGGGUGGCGGGGGUAGAUUUUUAAUUUUGACACCCAUAAUCAUGUUGGCUCCAUGCUAUCUAGUUGAUCCCUUAGCCAUAUCUCCAUCUUUACUUGAUCCUGUAAUCAUAGUUUUAUUUAUUUGAAAUCAUAUUUCACAGUGCUCAUCAUGCGUCAGGUUGUACAUAUUUGCUUUCCGUUGACUGUUCAGAGAACCAUGGUGCUAGAUAUGAUGGGCAAUAGGCUUGGAGGCUCCUAGGUCAGAGACCCUGCAAAUAAUACCUAUUUUUCUAUCCAUUCUCCACUCCCCUGUCACACAGACCGGGGAAGGGACCUCCAUUAUGUUCAGUUAAACGGUUAGAUAACAGUGUCACCCUUAAAGAGUUUGCUGCAGCUAAAUCAUAUCUUUAAGAACUUUCCAUUCGCCAUUUUUGUAUGUUGCAAACACUACCCAAUCCAAGAGUGAAGGGUUUAGCUGGAAACCUCAGUGCAUCUUUUUUUAUUUUAAAAUAUAUUUUAUUACUAUCAUGGCAAAUGCUGAUUACCUUUUGCAAUAAUAUUUGGCCUACGACUUUGCUGCGUUACAGUUGCGCGUCUUUAGUGAACUAACAAAAUCCAGACUCCAUAUUUCUCAACAUUCAGUGGAGUUAACAAGGAACUGACUUCUCUCUUACAUUCUCCGCAAUCCACAAAGGGUGGAACACUGUCCAUGUUACACCACUAAGAGAUGUGUUAUAAACUCUAUAUAUUCCCGACUGUGGACUGACAGCACCCCUGUGCACUGGAGAUCUCAAGCAUAGCAUUAGGCCAGUACUGUACUGUAUGUUGCUCCGUAGGAUGGCUUUAAGAGAGAAUCAUGUCUUGGUGUAAAACCAAGAUAGGGAGAGAAUGCACUCAGCACCUUAACGUUUGCUGUCGUACAACUUUAGACAACGCUGUCAGUUCAGUCAGACAUAUUAGGAAAUCAAAUGUACACACUGUUGUUCACAUCUUUACAGUGGGAGAAUGCUUGAGCUCUAGAAUAGUUGUAUUUAUUCAUGUUUCUGUUCAGAUUUUGGACUGGUGAAACUAGCUUUGCUUAGUGUAAAUGGUGGUGGUCUUGUGGGAAAUCUUCCUCCCCUCGUUUCCUCUUUUUGUUUACUUUGUUUCCUCUUUCUUUUAUUUGAACCUUGAUGUUUGAGGAAAGUUGUGUAUAACAUUUCAGUCUUUACACAAGACGUUGUUCUAAAGCAGGUCUUUUUUAAUUGUUUUUGAUUUUAUUUCUUUGUUCUGGUAUUAUUUUCAUGGAGAAAGUACAGCAGGCCUUAUUAUCGGCAGGCCUUAUAACAGAAGAAUAGCAAGCAUUCGAGUCCAUGCUAUUCUUCCCAUCUGCGUGCCACAGAGAACCUUUCAAGCUAGAGAUAAUAAUCUAAAGGAAAUGAGCACUGUCCUUUUGGAAUGUAAUACACAGUAAGGAAGAGCUUAAGCCCGCCUGCAUGCGCGACCAAUCAGUGAGAUGGAGCCUGUAUUCCCAUGUGUCAAUCAUCUAACACCCUUAGCAGAGUUUGCCAUUAACAGGAUGCAUCUGGUUUUCAGGGAUACGGCUAUCCUUUACCUAGCUUCCUUUUCUGCUUAAAACCUGAUGUGGGAACACUUCUCAGAGGAGAAGGUUUCUCUAUGCCCACUCCACUCCCCAACCUUUUGCCAGGAUUCUACCUCAGUAGUUCUGACAGAUGUUAAAGAAUACUAAUGCAAAAAAGAGGAUGAUGAUGAUGAUAAUAAGAGUAACUUGGUUUUAAUGUCCUGCAGAGCUGGCCUGUGUGUUCGAUGAAGCAUACAAAGCACUAGUUGGAAACCUGAAGUUACCAUGACGAUCUCUCCCAGAACUGGUUCAGAAAGCUGUAUGUUCUAUAUGGUAGGGUUAUUUUAAAGUAUAACAAAGUGUAAAAGACAUAAGAAAAUGUGUGAACUUGUCUUUGUUACCUUGUACAAAUAAACCCUGAGUUUGUAAAUAAUUGUAUACAUAUUUCUAAACCCGUUUAAUUUUUCUAUGCACUUUUUUUAUUUAUAAUGUUAUUUGCUUAAUAAAGAUGUUAAGAUGUUUGAACAAA